GAGCUUUCUCCGGUCCAACGCGGUUAAAUUUGAUUGUCUCUCCUGUUCAGCAGAUCCCCCUUGUGAGUGCACCCUGGAUCCAUAAAAAUUUCACUUCAGAGCAAACAAUCUUAUACACGACUUUAUCCCUCAGUACAUAAGCCGAAAUGAAGCACCUCGCAGCCUACCUCCUUCUCGGCCUUUCUGGAAAUACUUGCCCUUCCGCCGAAGAUAUUAAGGUUGUUCUGGGUGCUGCUGGUAUUGACGCUGAUGAGGAGCGUCUCUCCACCCUUCUUAAGGAGCUUGAGGGAAAAGACAUCAACGAGGUCCGUCACACAUGAAAUUAUUGCCCAUUUUUUCUGAAAUUGUGGCUGACUUUUUUCUUCCAAAAUCCAGUUGAUCACCGAGGGCACUACCAAGCUCGCCUCUGUUCCAACUGGUGGCUCCGGCGGUGGUGGUGCCUCUGGUGGCGCAGCUGCUUCCGGUGGUCCCGCUGCCGAGACUAAGGAGGAAGAGAAGGAGGAGGAGAAGGAGGUUCACAGCCCCUCUCCCAACUUCAGGUGGCACUUGAGGGGAAAUUUGCUAAUGAAUUUCAUAGGAGUCCGAGGAGGACAUGGGUUUCGGCCUCUUCGACUAAGCGAAGCAACAUCAAAAUAAAAAAUUGGGUCCCUUUUUUUCUGCUAUAGGUGGUGCAAAAUACGGUUGGGUUACGGUGUUACGUCUGUGGAACUUUAUGGCA